UCAGAGACAUGGUAAAUAAUCCCUCACCUCCUAUUCCUUACUGAAGCAACAACACUUGCUUCUGUUAGCUGUUCUGCUCCAUCUUCUUCAGUCAAGAAACUCAAUGGCAGCUGCUGCAAUCGCAGGUUCUUGGUAUUCCAAGCCCUCUCCAAUCACUUCGCAACACCCACCAUUAUUUUCUAAGAUAGGUCUUAAGCUUGCGAACCCGAGCCCAAAACCCAACUACCUCAUUUUCAGAACUAGAGAUAACUACUUUCGAUCAUCCUCCACACGGUUAAAUGCGACUUUGAAGAACCCUAAAGGCUUUGGACGCUCACCAAAGAGAAGCAAGAAGACCACCACCAAGAAGAAGACGGAGCAAAACAAUGAAGAUGAAGAAGAGGAUGACGACGAAGAUACUGAAGAAGAAGAAGAAGAAGAAGAAGGCAUAAUACCAGAGAUAGUGACCAACAGGAUGAUAAGCAGAAUGGGAUUCACAGUUGGGGUCCCAUUGUUUAUGGGACUAUUGUUUUUCCCAUUCUUCUACUACUUGAAAGUUGGCCUCAAAAUUGAUGUGCCAACAUGGGUGCCCUUCAUUGAGUCAUUUGUGUUCUUCGGGACAGCUCUUGCGGGAGUGAGCUAUGGGAUUGUGUCCUCUAGUUGGGAUCCUAUGAGGGAAGGAUCACUCUUAGGUUGGAAUGAGGCUCAGAAGAAUUGGCCUGUAUUUUGGAGAUCUCUUAGGGGUGGAUCAAGGAAGAACUAGGAUCAUUUAUACUAUAGUACUUAGAAAGCCUUCUCUUUUAAUUUAUUUCAAAUUUUGAUGGGAUCAAUUUUCUUUCUUG